AUGGCAGCACCAGCAAGACGGCUCGUCCAGCCGGUCCUAUUCAUCUGCGACCUGCAAGAGAAAUUCCGCAACGCCAUCCACGAAUUCCCCAAAGUCGUCUCCACGACGCAAAAGCUGCUCAAAGCCAGCCAGAUCCUCGAUAUCCCCGUCGUCGCUACCACGCAGCUGCGCGGCAAAUUAGGCGAGACAUGUCCUGAACUAGGCCUCGACGCUGCCGAUGGCGUGGCAACGAAAGCGCACGCUGAUAAGAGCGCGUUCUCGAUGUGGGUGCCGGAGGUGCAGCAGGCGUUUAAGGAUCUUGGAGAAGGGAAGAGGGAAUGCGUGAUUGUGGGGAUAGAAUCGCACAUCUGUGUCACGCAGACGACGCUUGAUCUGCUAAGGGAAGGGCAUAAGGUGUACGUGAUUGCGGACGGGGUGUCGAGCUGUAAUCCGCAGGAGGUGCCGAUUGCGUUGAAUAGGUUAAGGGCGGAGGGGGCGGUAGUGACGACGAGCGAGAGCUGGUUGUACGAGUGUAUGGGGGAUGCGGGGAUUGGGGAGUUUAAGCAGAUGUCGGGGUUGGUGAAGGAGUUUAGUGGGAAGACGAAGGAGAAUUUGGGGGCGUUGUGCAAGUUCUGA